AUGACCCGAGACGAGACUUCAGGCAAUGGCCUGGUUCUCAAGCUGUGCGCUUUCUGGACAUGCUUGCAGCGGCAUGUGGUUCGUGUUGCUGUCGAUCCAACUGUCUGUGCUCUAGAUGCACCCUUCCGCAUUGAGAUCGAUCUGCGAUCAAAGGUGCCGCUGCCAAAGGUGCAGUGGCAGGUGAAGUUCCUGGCAGACCUCGUGCACCACCAGGUUGCAGUGCUGCUGCCUGUGGAUCGCAUCAAGGAAAGUGCGGAGGAUGCGGAGGACGGCGCGUCCUCUCGCAGUGUGGAGCUCUUCGUGUCCGGCGUGCCCCCGGACGCGCUACCGGCCUCGGCUCUGGAGAGCCUUGGGCUGCUGGAAGUGCGGCUCGCGGACUCCGCGGACUCCGCGGACUCCGCGUUGAAGGAUUCUGAGAGCCAAGAGCUCUGCUCUCUGCGCCUCGUCGUGGACGUGCGCAGGGUCGGGCCCGGUCUGUGGCAACGAGGGUCUUCCCUCUGUCAGAGACGCGAGCUGUCGAUGGCUCGCUUCACCGUGCUCAACCCCCCUGUGGCUAGCAAUUCUCAGGGCAGACGCGGCUUCAGCACCAGGAACCUUCACGGGCGCCUCUUUUACAAGCGCAGGCCAAAGAUGAUCCCGAACUGGGACUUCAAUUCCAAGUCGAAGUGGUUGGAGGGGGCGGGAAACCGGAAAGGCGUGUGCACCAAGGUCUUCGUGCAGUUCCCGAGGAAGCCUAAUUCUGGUCUUCGGAAGGUUGCAUAUGUCCGGCUCUCGAACGGACGCGUGGUGAAGGCCUAUAUUCCAGGCAUCGGCCACAACCUGCAGGUUCACUCCGUCGUUAUGGUCAGAGGCGGCAAACGGGCUGAUGUGCCCGGAUGCCACUACACAUGCAUGCGCGGAGUCUACGACCUUCUUCCUGUCAAGAAUCGCAAGAGUUCUCGAUCAAAGUACGGAGUGAAGCGACCACCCUACGAGCCGAAGCGCUCUCGCUUCAAGACGAUGAUUACCGAUGUGGAUCGCAGGCUACAUUUCUACAGGACAGGCAAGGAGUUGGGGCCCGACGAAGACCCCCCGAAAGACGAGACCAGGAGUGAUGCGCAUUCAUUCUUCCCGGAAGCUGCUGCCUCCCAGUUGCAGGACAAGCCGUCGAUUCUGUUCAAAUUGAACUUCGCAUUAUACCAUGACUUGGCGAAGACAAGUCUAGGCGUGUCCCACGACAUCAACCGAGUGAAAGCCCACCGACGAGGCCUGCCCGAGCAUCUCAGAUCGGCGAGCCCCAGAGAGGUAGCUGCGGCAACUGCGAAGCGCACAGGUGACACGGCCUCAGCAACGCCACGGGUGAUACCCAAGGCCAAUUAUUCGACCGAACUCUCGGAGUGCAUCCCCUCAGCCUUUCACGGGGCCUUCGCACUGCAGUGCGAGAGGUCGAACACACCACCUCUCACAGCCGAGGCCAAGAAGAAGGCCUGCAGGUUUUUCAGGAUUGCAGACAACCGGCUUUUCGUCUGCAGUGCAGAGCGCACUGCCGAGGUAUGCACAGCGCGCCGGGAGAUCCAGCAGGCUCGUGCCCUAGCGGCCGGGGUGAAGAAGAAACCUGUGGAAGAAUCGGUUUCACAAGUACGAGGAAGCCAUUUGCUCCAGCAGGCUCAAGCAGCAGCAAAAGAGCAAGCCCAAUUGCAGAGGAAAGAGUGGAUUGCUGCUGUAAAGAGAACGCAGGACUCAACGGCGAAGUUCAUUGCGCAGAAGCGCAUGGCAGCCAGCAGCACCAACUCUGCAGCCAGCGAGGCGCACCAGCGGGCACAGCUCAUCAGGAUAGCGCAGGAUGACAACUUCUGGCUGGAGAAUAUCAGAAGCUUCGAGGAACCUGAGCCCCAGUCGAAGACACCUCCAAAAGCGAGAGCACAGCCUGCCAUGCCCAAGUCGAUUGCCAGUGCGAUCGGCCCAGCCGGCGACAAAAUCAUUGGUGAGUUCAAGAAGAUGCUUCUUGCAAGAGGAGGCAACUAUGCUCGGGCCUGGCGCUACCUUCUGGACCGCUUGCACUGGAGUUGGAUUCGGGUGCCACGCCUGUCCGUGGUCUGGCUUUGUGCCGUGGCUUGCGCCUCCGCUGCCUGCUUCUGCACGGCCGGAGUUCGGCCCAGGCUGUGGAGCAGAAGCCCGAAGCAAGGCUCUCAAAGAAAGGUCCUGCAGUCGAGGGCAGCAGACGACUGGGCAUCAGACUGGUUAGCGCAGGAGUUGUCCAAGAGCCCGGUAGUCUUAAUCUCCGAGUCCGAGGGGGCCAGCUUGCGAGAAGCCAAGAAGUGUUUGGAGGAGGCUUGUGUUCGCUUUGAUCUACUCGAGCUGGACCGACUGGGCUCGGCCGGCGAUGCUUUGCUGGAGCAGUUGCGGCAAGACCACCGGAGGAUGGCGGACGCCGAGCAAGUGGGCACUCCCUUCGUCUUCGUUGGGGGGCAUCUGCUGCCUGAGAACUUUACCAAGGAGAGCACCCAGUGGCUCCAGCAGGUGUGCUACAACGCAGGGGCCCAGUUUAUGGAACCACCGGAAGGUACCAACAUGACGUGGACCAUUCAGCAGGGCGCCAGAUGGCUGCCUCCGAAGAACAUCGGUGGUCGCCGCUGGUACCAAGACGAUGCAGGAAUGGCAAAGUACGAGGAUGAGCACGCAGAUCCUGCUCGCAACCUCUACAACGAGAUGAUGUCAGCUCCAGGUGGCGGGACGGCCCUGCGCACACGGAUCUCGAAUCCCGGGCAGAAGCUGUUGCGUCAAGAUGCUAAGCUCGAUGAGCCGGACAAGUUCGGGGUGGCCCAACGCUGGCCAUCCUGGGGAAAAGUGGACUUGCUGCUCCGAAAUGUGGACGGUGUCACUGACUACCUCAGAUCGAGAGAUGUAUCGCGAGUCAGGCAAAUCCUAGAGGACGAGAACAACACGUACGCAGACGGAAUUUCCAAGGACAUGCUGAUGUGGGUUUAUGGACUCGGCAGGCGGAAGCUGAUGGAGGAGCUAGACCAGAGGCAGUGCCAUCACAAAGUCAUCUCCGCCAUUGACAUACAAGGCCUCCGAGAGGCGCUGCUGGAAGAGCUCGAGAAGGAGCAAGACUACAGCCCUACUCGACAAGGUGUCACUCCAGGAGUGAUCCAGAGCUUCUCAUCGGGCCAGCUCCGAGUCGAAAGGGAAGCAGAGAGCGACGUGGUUUUGUUGCUUGCAGUGGUUGACGAGCAGAGUCCACGACAUUUGAGAUUCAGGGACCAGCUGGAAGGGGCUGCGCAAGUCCUUCUCCGUGCUGCUCGGAUUGUCACUGUCGAUGGCCGCAAGAACGACGAUAUCAUGGCCGAGUUUGGCAUCUCUCGCUUUCCGACGUUGAUUUGGCUUCAAGGCCGAAGCGGCAUAGAGCUGGCUCGCGAAAUCGGACCUUUCCCCACGAGUUCUAUCGUGGAUCGGACACGCCUCGUCCUGAACGUGAAGGAGCUGCCGGAGCCGGACAAGGCAGCAGCCGCCCUGGCAAAGGCUCGCCCACCCUCGAGGAAGUUCCGCCGGAGAAACUUCGAUCGCCCGCUUGCGGACAAGAACGCAGCUGUAAGAUCCAUCAACUCCCAUUCCAAAGGAUUUUGGCGGCACGGCAGGCGGUAA